CGGGAAGACAUCUCAGUAGAAGACAUAUCCCGAGGAAGCGGGAUUUGCAACGAGAUCACAAGACUGGCGAAGGCACCUGAUGAUAGGUAACCACAGAUUGCCCAUCGUCAGUACAGCGGCUCAAAUUUCAGUCGAGCAGAGUGCUGAGUUUGGGGCGAUUUAGACCCGAAAGCAAACUGCUGCUGGGUUCAAGUGCGAAAUGAGCGGAAGAUGCUUCAAUUAAAAACGGCGCUAGCUUUGAGCGUCGGUAUCUCCUUCAAGACACGAGACCAGUGUUUCGUGCCUGCAGAGCGCACUGGAGGGGAGAGACAGGGAGAUCACGGCCCUCUAUUUGUUCGGCUAUCACCGACCAAGAUCACUAGAAUCAGAUCGGUCUCUUCGACUACCGUAACUGUCUAUGCCAUUUCAUCACGGGUGUGGAUGUUUUGAAUGAGUAUUCCUAGCUUCACCAUAGGAAUCGUUUCUGCUUCUGGCAACUUUUCUACGGGAAGUUCACGCGCCAUGGAGAGCCGACGGACUCCGCGCAUCAUCCUGAACUGAACUUCGAUGAAACGCCAUCUCGCUUCCGCAGCGUAGCCUAGAGCUUGACAAUGAGACUUUAUAAGGGCGAGCGCUUCCACCACACUCUACCCACUCCGAGCACACGAUGGUUCUCAAGCUGUACGGCUUCCCCCGAGCGUCUGGGGCCACCCGCGCCGUUCUCGUGACUCUACUGGAGAAACAAGUGCCGUUCGAGCACUGCAUCGUCGACGUCCAGAACGGCGAGCUUCUCUUGCCCCGAUUUAUUGCGAUGCAGCCAUUUAGCCAGUACCCCGUUAUUGACGACGACGGGCUUAUCGUGUACGAGUCGCGUGCAAUCUGUCGGUAUCUGGAAGACAAGUACCCCGCGCAAGGCACGAGGCUGGGUCCGCCCAGCGGGGACCUUCGCGCCCGCGCCCGCUUCGAGCAGGCUAUGCGGUGGAGACGUUCAACUUCCAUCCGCAUGUGCACACCGUCUAUUUCGAGCGGAUCAACAAACCCUUGCGAGGCUUGCAAUCCGAUGAGGCCGCUAUUUCGGAGGCCCUCCAGAAGCUCGGGAAGACGCUGGAUGUGUAUGAUCUCAUCCUCGGAAAGACACGUUUUCUCGCUGGAGAUGAAUUCACACUCGCAGAUCUUUUCCACCUGCCUUUUGGGGGCUUGUUGUCCUUGAACGGCGGAUCCGACAUCAUAUCAAGUGAAGCGAGGCCGAAUGUUGCGCGCUGGUGGAACGAGAUCCAUGCCAGGCCGACCGUGCAGAGAUUCCCGCAAGCGACACUCAUUGCCAGCGUCGACUCAUACUGAUUGGGAAUCGAAUCGAGGCUGCCUUCGACUCGAAUCAGCAAUCCGUAAUAGGGCUGCUAUAUACUCGAUUAGUUCAAUAUCGGUUCGAUUAGGCAAUGAUACUCGAUCGCGACUUCGAUCCGCCAUCAGAUCGGCCUCUUCGACCUUCAUUUCAGGUCAACAACUUGGCCUCCGUGUUUGCUUUGUGGGCCAGUGACUCGAUUGUGCCUGCCUUCAUUCAAUAACCACGCGCGUCAUUACAUGCACUGCUCGUAAUGCAUAUCGUGGUGUGCCCUUGCCAAUCCCGCCCUCCGCUAUAAAACUCGCACAAACGCUGUCCGCUCUCCUCCAUCCCAGCAAUGGUCCUGAAACUCUACGGCUCCCCACGCGCGGCCGGCGCGACGCACGCGGUGCUGGUGACCCUGCUCGAGAAACAGGUGCCGUUCGAGAACUGCGCGCUCGACCUGCCCAACCGCGCGCAUCUCGCGCCUGCCCACACGGCGCGGCAGCCGUUCAAGCAGUUCCCCGUCAUCGAGGAUGACGGUGGGUUCGUGCUGUACGAGUCGCGCGCGAUCUGCCGCUAUCUCGAGGAAAAGUAUGCGGGGCAGGGGACGAGCCUGGGGCCACCAGUCCCCGGUGCCGGUGCCGAUGCACUGCGUGCGCGCGCCGUGUUCGAGCAGGCUGUGUCGGUGGAGACGUCCAAUUUUCAUCCGCAUGCGCACCGGAUCUAUGCGGAGAGGAUAUCUAAAAGGAGGCGAGGGCUGAAACCCGACGAGUGUGCCGUCGAGGAGGCACUGCAGCAGCUGUCUGCGACUUUGGAUGUGUACGAAGAAAUACUGGGACGGACGCGGUACCUAGCAGGAGACGCAUUCACGCUGGCCGACCUGUUUCAUCUGUCGUUCGGUGGGGUGUUAUCUCUCGCGGGAUGUGAUAUCAUGACGAGCGAGACGCGACCGAACGUUACGAGGUGGUGGCAGGAUAUACAGUCGAGACCGUCCGUGCGCCGGUUUCCUGAGGCAACCGCGUUUACUAGUGUAGAUUCGUACUAGGUGUGUCGACGUAAGAGCUGCUAGAAAUGGAGGCGUGUGUACAUAACAUGCCAAUGAUUGAUGCCAUCCGGACUUCCUUC